UUGGAGGAAAGGCUGGGCGGCGUGGUGGUGUGGUGUACUGUGUUGAGUACUCGGGUGCUCCGCGCGGCAUUGUCAUCUAGUUGCGAAACACACCUAUGGUGUUACGAUGCUGACACCUCGGUUUUCCAUCACUCAAGACGAUGAGCAUGUUGUUAUUGAAGUAGAAGCGCCUUUUGCGCACGUCAAGGAGACGGAGGUCUUCAUGGAGGGGAAUUUGUUUACCUUCCAUUCCGCUCCAUAUUACCUACGAUUGCAUUUUUCUGGAUGCAUUGUUGAAAAUGACAAAGCAUCAGCCAAGUUUGAUCCUGACAAGAAGGGAUUCAUUGUCCAUGCUCCCAAAGUGACCAGAGGAGAGACAUUUAAGAACCUGGACAUGCUCACAGCAUUGCUUACUCCAGGAGGUGUCAGGAAUGUCAGCAAAACUAUUGAAGAACUGGGUGAUGAAGCUGGCUUUGAGAGCCAUGAUGAUGUAGGGUCUGAGAUUGACUGGUUUGUCACUCAGGAGAUGCCAUCUAAUGAUGAAGUGUGCAUUGGAUCCAGGUAUGGGUUUGCAAAUCAGCAUAUUGGUGUCUUUACCAGGCUUCAGUCUGAGCUAGGUGAAGUCAUUGAUGUUCAAGAUCCAGACAGUAAAAGUGCAUUGGAAAGGUCAUCCGAGAGAAAGUCUCAGGAAAGUAAUGACUUCAAUGAUGAUCAUUAUCUAGCAGAUACUAUGGAGGAAGAAGAGACUAUGGGUCAUUUGAUUCAGCUUACACCUGCAGAAGUGCUUGGAACUGACGGUCUGACACAAGAGCAGAAGGAUGACAUGAUAAAACUCAAGCCACAGUCAUUUACCAUGAAUGCAUGUGACCUGCGAGAGGCUGGCCUGACUCUGGUGGAUGUCCUGUUUGCAUAUUGCUAUGAUAAGAGAGCCACUGGUGGGGAAAGCAGUGUGGAGUCCGGCUGGUGCAUUGCCAAGCUGAGCUCGAGCCUCUCCUGGCUUGAAAGGCAUUCCAAUUUGAAAGAUACAGUGGUCACUUGCAUGAGAAGAAGUCUCUGCUACCCACUGUUCAGAAAUUGGAGGCUGUCAUCCUUGGUAUUGGAUGACACAAGGUGGCUGUUCUCGAGAGGUAGGAAACACCUGCUGAAGGCCUUGCUGGAUGUACGACGCAUGCUGUUGGAAAGUGAUCCACGCUACAUCCUGAAUCAGCUAUAUGUGGAUGACAUGUGUGUCUGGAUUCAGCAUGUUGAUGAGGCUGUCAUUGCUGGCCUUAGUGAUGCUUUGAAAAGCCUCAGUCUGGACAAGUGUGAUGUCAACCUUGAUCUGGAUGAGCUUGAAGCUGCGGCCAACAUGGUCCUGCAGGAAGGGCAGAUGUCUGGCAAAGACAUCACAGACACUUUGCAUGGUCUCACUCUUGAUAGUGAUGAUAGCAGUGAUGAUGACAGUGAUGACAGUACUUCUGAUGGCAGCAGCAGUGAGACUGACAGUGAUGCAGAGAGUAGUGGUGAUGGUGCUGAACUUCAAAAGGAUGAAGAAACAAAAUGCAGCAGUUGAUUACAUUGAAUCUAUGUAUGCCAACACUGGCAGACCAUGAUACCUGUUGAAGUGUACUCUUUUCAUGCUGCAUUUCUGUGAAGCAGUGGUGAAAUUGGCAAGUGAUUGACACAGUGUUGUCUCAGUACCCUGGCUUUAGUGGUCAGGUGCACAAAUGAUUUGUAGGCAUGUAUGUGAUCAUCUGUGAGAUGUGAGUUAACCACAAAUCAUGGCUUCCUUUGUAUUUUCACCUUCAACUGAAGUGACUGUACCAUUCUCUGACACUGUAUAGGUAACAUGAUAAGCUGAUGUGGUGGACUUUUGAUCUGGAGUGUACAAUUUGUGUCAAAGAGGGUCAUGCUAUGUACAAGUCAUGCAGCUUUGUAACUCAUUUUGUAUUAUGGCUAUGCAUGUAAUAUGGUUUCAUGCUACCUAGUCAUGAUGAGUCACUUUUUGGCUGGGAGGAGGCUUAUCAGAGUGCAGAGCAUUGCGACCCUUCCAGCAGAUGGCAGAACAAUACACUCUGUGUUUGCA